CAGUUUUCCCUCAGUCAAUGCGCUCCCCGUGUCCCGUCAUCGCAGCCGCUGCCUCCGCACCCAACCGGGCUACCGUUCCCACCAUCCGCGUAUCAACUUGUCCAGUUUUUAUCUUGGUGGUUUUUCCUCUUUUCCAUCAAACUUUCAACUUUCGUUGAAACAGUGACUCUUAGAGCUAGAAGACUAAAUUGUGCAUUUCAAUCGCCGUUUCGUUUGUCCUCUUCGACACAGUUUUCUGAUACCCUGAUUUUAUACUUAAUAGUUUCUAAAAUCGUGUGAAAUCUGUGGAACAACUGACUCGGGAUUAGUCGGCUGAUGGAAUCCCAUUAAGGAUUUUAUAAUAUUUUGAGAUCAAGCGUGAAUUUGAUCGAGCGAGGUAUCGGUGCUUCCCCGUGCGCGUUUCUCGGUUGAUCCCGCUCCGAUGCGUGAUGUGCGUUGCGAGUGACCCCCUCCGUCCUUGGGGGAUGUGAUUGAGGUGUACGCGCGGCGCCGUGUCAAGUGUCAGGAUGGAACCGGGUGCCGACCUGGUGAACGAGUACGUGCAGAGCUUCGAGCUGGAACGCCUCGAGGACAUUCAAGUGAAGCGCGAAGCCAACAACAACCUGGCGAUGGUGUGCGACGAGUCGACGAGCCUCAUGGAGCCGCCGAGCCUCCACCACGUGAAGCUACCCCCGAUGCCGAUCGUGGCCGGGCACGGGGACUACGCGAGCCUCCAGCCGCACGGGCACCCGGGACAGCACCAGGCCCACGGCGUCCUCAUGCGGGCCCCCGGGCCGCUCCCGUUCUCGCCGCCGGACACCCCGCCGGAGGGCUCGCCGCCGGACCAGUACCACCUGAACCCGAACGUGGCCUCGCCGAUCCCGUGCCUCCACUCGCAGAACCCGCCCUCCUUCGACGAGCACCUCGGCGGCGGCCUCGUCUGGCUCCCAAUGCAGCAGCGCCAGGAGUCGCCCCUGGAUCUCCGGCCGUGCAACGACGAGAUGGAGUGCUGGAACAAGCGGUCCGUCAUCACCGACAUCAAGCGCAACAGCAUCGUCCAAAUGUCGAGCUGCAACCCCAACUACCGCCUCACCGACGAGCUCUCCCCGAUAGCCACGACGAGACCGCCCAUGCGGAUCUCCAACUGCUUUCCCAGGUCCCCGUGCCCGCCCAGCUACGAGGGCAGCGACCCGAGCAACAAGUCCUGCAUCAUCUCGGACGACCAAUUGGUCUCGCUCACCGUCCGGGAGUUGAACAAGCGGCUCCAGCCGUACCCCAAGGAGUUGGUCUCCGAGUUCAAAGCCAAGCGGCGGACGCUCAAGAAUCGCGGCUACGCCCAGAAUUGCCGCUCGAAACGGGUCAAAGCCAGCAAGGAACUCGAGCUCCAGAACAAGGCUCUCAUCAAGGAGCUGAGGCAGGCCAAGGAAGACCUGCAGAAGGUGUUGGCGCGCUGCAGUUGCGGGGCUGCUCGCAACACCAUCCGGGAGAAGUUCCCCGUUAUCGACGCCGGCGCCCAAAUCGGCGUCGCCAGGUAUCCGUGCGACUCCUCCGCCGAGAAGCACAUGUGACGUCGCGCCUGCAUGCCCGCCUUCUGAGCCUUCCCUCAACUGCCAGAAGUCUCCAGACAUGCUCCUUGCUAAGUGACCUUAUUUUCGGCCUCGGCCGCCAGCUCAAUUUGGUGAGUCCAAAAUUCUUUAUUUUC